AAGAAAGCCGAGCGAGUGCGAAAGGCGAUCCCUAACUCACACACACUCAGACCCAAACCCAAAAAAAUUUUCAAAUUCGCCAAAAAUUUUUGCUCUACAUGGCCUUUCACGUCGGUUGCCCAAUUACAUGCCGGCGAAUCUGUUUCUGUUCGUUAGGGUUUCCGCGGGGGCUUCACAGCGGGAAGGGCAGGAAUGACUUUCUGCAGGAGGUUUCUAGGAUCGAGGCGUUUCUGAGAGACCCAUGGGGGGCGAGGGAGGAGGGGAAGGGGAAGCCCGGGAGAAAUGGCACCGUCCAGGUGCUGGUCCCCAGGGUCACGCCUUUGCCGCCGCCGCCGGAGGCUGCGGCGGCGGUCGCGGAGAAGGGGGUUGGUGGUGGCAGUGGAGGUGGAGGUGGAGGUGGAGGGAGUGUGGUGGACGAGGUUGCGGCGGCUGCGUCCGCGCAGAGCAAGCGUAUGGCGCUGCAGAAGAAGGCCGCUGCCGCGAUGGUCGCCGCCGAGGAUUAUGCUAGGCGGUUCGAGUCCGGAGACCUUGCUGUUGCCGCUGUGGAUGCCUCAGGAGCUCAUGUUGGAGAGGAGCAGGGUCAGUCCAAUGUGAAUGUAAUGUGCCGGUUGUGCUUUUUUGGUGAAAACGAAGGUAGUGAGAAAGCAAGAAGGAUGCUUCCAUGCAAGAAGUGUGGCAAGAAGUACCACAGGAGCUGCUUGAAAUCUUGGGCUCAACAUAGAGAUUUAUUCCACUGGAGUUCAUGGGUCUGCCCCUCUUGUCGGAUUUGUGAGGUUUGCCUAAAAACUGGAGACCCAAAUAAAUUUAUGUUCUGUAAAAGGUGUGAUGGCGCUCACCAUUGUUACUGCCAGCAGCCUUCUCACAAGAAUGUCAGUUCUGGACCUUAUCUGUGCCCAAAACAUACAAGGUGUCACAGCUGUGCCUCCACUGUCCCUGGAAAUGGCUCGAGUGUGAGGUGGUUUCUGGGUUACACUUGCUGUGAUGCAUGUGGAAGAUUGUUUGUAAAGGGGAAUUAUUGCCCUGUUUGUUUGAAGGUUUAUAGAGAUUCAGAAUCAACGCCAAUGGUUUGCUGUGAUGUUUGCCAGCGCUGGGUGCAUUGCCAGUGUGAUGGCAUCAGUGAUGACAAAUAUCUGCAGUUUCAAGUAGAUGGAAAUCUCCAGUAUAAAUGUCCCACAUGUCGUGGGGAGUGUUAUCAGGUAAAUGGUAUCGAGGAUGCUAUUCAAGAGCUUUGGAGAAGAAGAGAUGAAACUGAUCGAGAUUUGAUUGCUAGCUUGAGGGCUGCUGCAGGUUUGCCCACCCAAGAAGAAAUAUUUUCUAUUUCACCUUAUUCAGAUGAUGAAGACAGUGGUCCUACGAGAUUAAAGAAUGAAUUUGGGCGGUCCUUGAAGUUUUCUCUCAAAGGGUUAGUUGAGAAGUCACCAAAAAAGAGCAAGGAUUAUGCAAAGAAAUCUUCGAAUAAAAAGUAUGCCAAGAAAAAAGUAUAUGAGGCACCUUUGGUUGGUAAAACUGAAUCCCACGAGAGUUUUGAAGGACAUAAUGACGCCCAGUCUUUUGGAUACAGCUUGGAUGAUGACAAGAGUGAUGAUAAGCAGUUCCAAAGGAAGGAAGGAUCAGAAAAAUAUUCCCUUCCUGUGGCUGGAAGUAUGAAUCACACCGAUGGGAUUUGCUCAAUCAAUCAGCCAGGGGUUUUGAAACACAAAUUUGUUGAUGAGGUGAUGGUGAGUGAUGAAGAUAGGGCCUCUAGAGUUGUUCGGCUCAAGCCUCAUGGGUUGGAUACUGGAGAGGACUCUGGAAAACAAGCUAGCAAGUCAAAAAAUGUGAAAGGAAAGAAGUUAGUUAUCAAUCUAGGUGCACGAAAAAUAAAUGUAACUAACUCUCCUAGGUCUGAUGCUUCAAGCUGCCAAAGAGAGCAAGAUCUGAUGACAUCCAAUGGCAGUGUAAAUACAAGCCAGUGGAAAACGAGUGACAAACCUACAGUGGAUAGAUAUGCUGGCAAUGCUAAACUCGGUGAUGGUAAAGGAGACAGAACUGAUACCUUUGGCCAAUUGAAACUUUUGAAGGUUGGUGGGAAAGAAGGAAAUUUGCUAAAAUUAGGAAAAGUUAGACCAGAAGUUUCUGAUGUAAACCCCAAAUUUGGCAGAGGUAGUAGCGCUGAUGCACAUGAAACUAUUACUCAAGAGCAUACACGUAUUUCAUUGGGAAAGAGAAACAGUGAAGGAAACAUGGCUACAGAUGGGUCUUUAGGUGAAGUAAGAGGUAGCAAGGAAGUAUGGGGAAAGCUAUCAGAAAGCAAGCCUGAGAUGUACAAUGAAGGUCAUGACGAUUAUGGUCAGACACCUGGUUCACAAUCUCUGCCAAAAGAUUCCAAACCUUUGCUGAAGUUUAAAUUUAAGAAACCCACUCUUGAAAAUCAAAAUUCUCCUCAUCCUGAGGAGGAGAAGAGUUCUGUCAAGGGCCAAAGGUCAAAAAGAAGGAGACCAUCUCCCUUGGAGAAAACAUCAUUUAAUGAAGUUGAAGAUACGACGGUGUCACAUCAAGACAAUUUGAUGGAUGAGAUCAUGGAUGCUAAUUGGAUACUGAAAAAGUUGGGUAAAGACGCAAUUGGAAAGAGAGUUGAAGUUCAUCAGUCAUCUGACAAUUCGUGGCACAAAGGAGUGGUUACCAACAUAAUUGAAGGUACAACAUCAUUAGCUGUCACACUAGAUGAUGGUAAGGUGAAAACCUUGGAGCUUGGCAAACAAGGGGUUCGCUUCGUUCCUCAGAAGCAGAAGAGAUCGAGAACAUGAGGGCCGUGCUCUUUCUCGAUCAGUGUCUAUUUUGUCUGGAGGCUUUCUUCCAUUUUAAAGCUGAAGAGGCAGUUCUCCAUUCCCCAAGGCCUCAAGAAGUUCAGAGUUUUGUUCUUCUGGUUGCUUGUUGUACUGCUGAUGAUAUUCGUUCAGCUAGGGUUUAUUCUUCAAGCUAAAAAGUUCUCCCAUAUUUCAUUUCCUUACAUGAAUCUGAAUACACUUGAUUCUUAGAUGUAGCUUUGCUUAAGCUGCCACUUCUGUGUGGAACUCGGACAUGUAGGAGAGAGUCCAUUGUAACCAAGUAGGGGGACUGAAAACUGUUAGCUCCUGUUAGCGAGUACUUUUGUGAAUAACAUACUCCAUUUAUUAGCAUAAUUAAAAGGAUUGAAUUUAUCAAAGAUGCUAAUGAAUAAUGAUAUCUUCCUCUUCCUACUUA